UGCCACGUGGAGAAAUAUGUGACAAUGAUACAAUGUUAACAAUAAUUUCCCAGCGUGACACAGGAUAUCAUGAAGUUGAAUUUGUCUGCUCCUCCCAAACUUUGCAAGCGAUUGCAGCAAUCCUCGUCACACAGAUAGUUGUGAUUGCUCCUGGGGGGAGAGAGCGGUCGGGUGGAGAUGGUGGGCUUGAUGAUCUAGGAGGGCCGGGUGUUCUGCUGGAUAGCCCAGACAAGAAAAAGUGCAAGUCGAACGCACAGGCUCCUUUCUUCGCUCCCCUAUCGGAGUAUGCUCCAUCACCAAACCGAAGUGCCGACCACCUAGUGGCUGCUAAUCCUUUUGAUGACAACUACAACACACCAUCUUUCAAGCCUCUGUCCUCUGGGAACCCAUAUUUUGGCAACCCGCACUACCCUGGCUGCAGUGGCUAUGGCCCGCCCAGGAUGGACCACCUCAUGCCCAAUAGGAUGCCCUCUUCUUACAGGGGUCCCUACCAGACACGAAACCAGCUCCACCCUUUUGCCCAGACUCAAAUGGGCAUGGGGUUCAAUCGACCCCCCGGCUUUAACUAUGGUUACCAUGAAAAUCCCAAUUAUGGUAACCAUCCACCAUUAAACAACAACAACAGUAUCAUGCCACUUCCACCCAAUCAAUCUUUCAGACCAGGUCCCCGUGGCAACUUAAAUCAGGUGCAUCUGCAUAAUGUGACCCAAAGCACUUCUCCUGACAUGGGCCCGAGCUUUAGAUCAGCAGUCAUCCCAAUUGGGAAUCCACCUCCCCGACCCGGCAUGGACUCUAGUCCCGGUUUUAUUCGGCAGCAGCAAAACAACAGCUUUGCCCAGUCCAAUACACCCACACCUAAACAGGACAUGAGUGAAGUGGUGUCAAGCAAAAGUACAUCCCAGAAUACAUCUCCACGGAAACGAAGCCAUGGCUCAGAGGAGCUCAUGGGUCAGAAAAACUCUGUCGACCUGAAAUCAAAGAAUAGAGGCGCCCUGGUCUGUCAGGGUGCAAGUCAGCCUAACACCACAGAGAAAAUCAACGGCAUCAUCCAUCCCAAUAAUGAUUCCCCACAGUCAGGCAGGCACAUGGAGGCAGCCCCCCUGGAGCGGAGUAGAAGCAAUGGAGGUGGUGGUGUGGUCAUCAAUAAGACACUGAUGCAUCCCAACAGGCCUAGCCACUCCUCCACAGAGCCUGUGUUUCCAUGUGGAAUAUGCCUGAAUGAAGUGAAUGAUGACCAGGAAGCUAUCCUGUGUGAGGCCUCAUGUCAAAAAUGGUUCCACAGGGUUUGUACUGGAAUGACUGAGACAGCUUAUAACCUGUUGACAGCAGAGGUGUCGGCAGUGUGGGGCUGUGACAUCUGCAUGGAGGAGAAAGGGGCACAGCUCCAUAGAACAAAGGAGGUAACAGGGCAGCCAGCAGGGCAGCAGCCAACAGUUAACAGUGAGUGAUAUGGUCAUGAAUAUGGGCCAUCAGUAACAUUAUUAAUAUACUGGUUAUACUAUUUCCUUUGCUAUACUUCCUUUGUUGGUGAUUUUUCCUUACGUUUUUACGUAGGGUUUACGAAGGGUUACAUUUUUACCAUUUUGUUGUUUUAUUUGAGAUUUGGUAUAAUUUGGAUAGCAGUGUCUGUCCCCUGCUUAGACCGAUGCAAGAGCUAGACUGAAGUUCUCUUCCCUAUUUUUGGGCAGGUACCAUUGGCCAUGUUGACCACAAUAAUGUCAUUCUCUUAACAAGGUCUUUACUGUUUCGCUCAACUUUCCUGGCCUAUGGUUUAUAUAAGUUAUUAUAACAUCAGUAUGAGUAAGCUAUCCGGAAAGGUUAACUGAUUGACGGAUGCAAACGUAUUCAACGUUUUAAUCAUAUUUUUUUCAACUGUUGUUAUUGUUUGACAGAUUUUGAGCAGUAUGAUUGUUUCCCAAAACAUUGAUAGUCACAGCUGGAGUGGUGUUCCAAAGCCAUACACCUGUACUGUAUGCUAUACAACCAGAAUUGGAUCUGAUACAUUUUGUAUAAAUGAUUCGAUACAUGUGGGUCGUUCCACCAAUUCGAUGCCUUUUGAGGUGUAUAACUUGGUGAGUAGAAAAAAAACUUUUGAAAGUAACAGGGUUGAAGAUGUCAUCUUAAAUCAGACAUAAAUCACCUUGUGACGGGGAAAUUGAAGUUGUGUGUGCAACAGGGAGGGGCAAUUGAAUGCAAGCGCAAGAAAAAAGUAUAAAUGUUCCAAAAAAAAUGUGCCUGUUUAAUCUAUCUAUGGGUAACAGGGUUAACGUGUUAUGCUCGUGUUAUGCUCCCACAGAACACCAGAAAAUGGCCAAAAAGAGUAGAACCAGCUCACCUGAUUUUACAAUAGGAUUUGACUAUUAGAUGUUCAAUCUUUCUUUUCCUUUUUUUUAAAGGAAUCGUUUCACAAUAUUAAAACAAAAGUUCAGUUCACAUAACAGGGUUGACCUUAAAAUGAAUGGCAGGUUGUUGUUUUUUUACCUUAAAAUUAUUCACCAAUCACAUUAAAUCAUCUUCAAAAAAUGACUUUGUCAAAGCAAAUAAAAUAACUAGGGCUUUACAAUGAUGGUUUAAACUUGGAUAAAUCUUAGGGUUUUGUGGGUUAAAUUCUUCCUGGAAGUCAGAGUGCACAGAGGAACAUGUCAAAAUGCAGAAUUUUGGCACUUUAGCAAGUCUUCAUUCAUAUAAAAAAAUCUGAUUUGUUGAAUUCUCCAUGUGGUCUAUAUUAAAGGGCACACCUUUGAAUAUAACAGGCUUUUAAAAUUCAAUAUUGAUGCACAAUUUCUACGUAAAAUACCAAAGGGACGCAAAAGGCACUCAUUUUGUGGAACGAUCCAUGUAUGUUUUUUAAACUGUUGAUAUUGAAUGUAUUUAGAGCCUUAAUGAAGUUACUUUGUAAAACAGUAUACAGAUUAAUCUCAUUUAAAUUAACCUAUUAUAUAAAAGACAUGUAUAAUGCUCUAAAAAUGUUUUUAGUAUGUGUGCACUUUGCUUUAAUUGUAGUAUUUUUGCGCAAACAUGAUGCAUUUAAAUCAACAGUUCUUUAUAUUUUGUUUUCAUUUUGGAAAGGUAAAAUAAUAUGAUAAUUAGUACUAAGAGACAUGCUUACUGCAUAAAGGGAAAAUAAGCUUGGUUCAAAAUAAACUUCUUUGUCAAAAUAUAGUUUCAAGCAUGGCUUCCAUUUUUGCUAAUAGGGAAGGCAGUUUUAGAAGUAGCUUAAAGUAAACUAAAUACACUGCUCAAAAAAAUAAAGGGAACAUUUAAA